UGUUGGCGUGAGCUUUCGUCCUUUCACGUUGACCGAUCACAUUAAAUACAUCACAAGGCCAUAUCGAUCAUGGCUACCGCAUCCCGUGUUGUCAUUAUCGGUGCUGGCAUCGUCGGCACCAACAUUGCCGAUGAGCUGGUCUCACGCGGCUGGACCGACAUCACAGUCGUCGAGCAGGGUCCCCUAGACAUGCCCGGAGGAUCUACAUCACAUGCCCCCGGCUUGGUCUUCCAGACGAACACAUCAAAGACCAUGACUCUUUUUGCACGCUACACAGUAGAGAAAUUCUUAUCCCUGCAGAAGGACGGACAGAGUUGUUUCAACCAGGUGGGCGGCCUGGAAAUAGCCACCACCCCCGAGAGGCUCGAGGAGCUCAAGCGCAAGCAUGGCUACGCUCAGUCUUGGGGGAUCGACGCGAGACUGGUCCAGCCUGACGAGUGCCACAAACUCUACCCAUCCAUGAACAACAGCAUGGUGCUCGGCGGCCUUCACAUCCCUACCGAUGGCUUGGCGCUGGCCGCCCGGGCCGUGCAACUUCUCAUCGAGCGGACAAGAGAGGCCGGAGUCCGCUAUCUCGACAAGACCGCAGUUACCGGCAUCGAGAAGGCUGAUGGCCGGGUUACUGGAGUCAUAACAGGCGACACCACUAUUCCCGCCGACAUUGUUAUUUCUUGUGCUGGCUUUUGGGGAGUUGAGGUUGGAGCGAUGGCUGGUGUGUCUGUUCCCCUGCUCCCAAUGGCACACCAAUACGUCAAGACUACAGCUGUGCCGCAUCAUACCAGCGAGGAGGCUUUGACGAAUGGAGACACUUUAACGAAUGGAGACACCCUGACGAACGGAGAUGGUCUACUGAACGGAACAAAUGGGCAUAAAUCCAAUGGAUUCACCGGGUCAAACUCAGCGACACUACCAAUCUUACGCUACCAAGAUCAAGAUCUCUACUACCGUGAGCACGGCGACCAGUACGGCAUUGGUUACUACGGUCACCGUCCAAUGCCUGUUGUUGCCGCUUCAUUGGGCCAAACUCCCGAGCAUGUCGACGAGCACGACAUGCCAUCUCGUCUCGAGUUCACUCGUGAGGACUUCGAGCCAGCGUGGAAGUUGUCACAAGAGCUCCUGCCUGCCCUGCAGAAAUGUGAGAUCGCCGACGGAUUCAACGGCAUCUUCUCAUUCACCUCCGAUGGCGGACCACUCGUUGGAUUGGCACCCAACCUAGAUGGUUUCUACGUAGCAGAGGCGGUGUGGGUAACGCACUCGGCCGGCGUAGCUCGCGCCUUGGCCGAGGUUCUCACCAACGGCAGAUCAGACAUCUGCAUGGCCGAGUGCGAGCUGUCACGUUUCGAACAAGUCCAGCUCGCCCCUGCCUUUGUUAGCGAGACUUCGCAGCAGAACUUUGUGGAGAUCUACGAUAUUCUCCAUCCUCUACAGCCACGCGACUCGCCUCGUAACCUGCGCGUGUCCCCAUUCUACAUUCGCCACCGUGAACUAGGCGCCUUCUUCCUUGAGGGCGGAGGCUGGGAGCGUCCACACUACUUUGAAGAGAAUGCCAAGCUGAUCAAAGAUUUGCCAUCGGAGUGGCAACCUGUGGAGCGUGAUGCCUGGUCGUCCAGAUACUACUCGCCAAUCGCCGCGGCGGAGGCCUGGAAGACGCGCACGGCGGUGGCCAUGUACGACAUGACCCCUCUUCGCCGGCUCGAGAUCUCCGGGCCCGGAGCAGUGGACCUUCUAAAGCGCCUGACGACUGGCAAUGUUUCUAGGAAGCCAGGCGCUGUCACUUAUACACUCCUGCUCGAUGACCAAGGAGGCGUCCGCAGCGACAUCACUGUGGCUAGACUGGAACAAGAGUUGUACCAGGUGGGUGUGAACGGCCCUGUGGAUACUGCCUAUUUCACUCGGGAAGCCCGCCUACAAAGCAAGAGCUCCCCCGAGCGACAUGUGCAGGUGCGCGACAUCACGGGUGCCACAUGUUGUGUAGGACUGUGGGGUCCCCGCGCCCGGGAUGUCAUGAAAGAGGUCACCGCGGAUGACUUUUCCAACAAAGGACUCACAUACUUCCGCGUGAAGAAGGCAGCCAUCGCAGGUGUCCCGGUGACGGUCAUGCGGUUGUCGUACGUGGGCGAGCUCGGCUGGGAGAUAUACGCCAGCGCUGAGAACGGCCUGCGUCUCUGGGACGCGCUCUGGAAAGCCGGCCAGCCGCACGGCGUGAUCGCCGCCGGCCGCAGCGCCUUCAACGCGUUGCGGCUGGAGAAGGGCUUCCGAUCCUGGGGCGCCGACAUGAGCACCGAGCACGACCCGUUCGAGGCCGGCCUCGACUUCGCCGUCAAGAUGGACAAGGAGUCAUUUGUCGGCAAGGCCGCCCUGGAGGGGCGCUCCAAAGAUACGGUGACUCGGAAGAUCCGCUGCCUUACCGUGGACGAUGGACGUUCGAUGGUACUCGGCAAGGAGCCGGUAUUCGUCAAUGGUAGCCCGCAGGGCUAUGUCACGAGUGCGGCGUUUGGCUACACGGUCGGCAAGCCCAUAGCAUACGCAUACCUACCUAGCGCGGUGCAAGAGGGCGAUUCGGUGGAGCUAGAGUAUUUUGGACGGCGGAUCAAGGCCACCGUAACCCCUGAGCCACUGUACGAUCCGUCGAUGAGCCGGUUACGGGGAUGA